CUCCGUUCCCGGAUUGCAUUCGACAAGCAUCUUAGGGAACCAUGCUGUCUAUCAUCAUAGCGGUAUUCCUCGUGCUCUGCAACGUAGGGACCUCUUCCCCGAGGCUGACCACAGAACUGCCAGAUGAUGCGUGCAAGUUGCGGCCCAUCAACGUCUAUUUUGUCGCCGAUGGAUUCUUUCGCGAAGUCACAGAGUAUGAUCUCCAGAAAUAUGCAGAAAGUCAGAUGGCGAAGUUCACGACUUGGUUCACUCUUGCCUGGAUGGGAUUAGCAUGCUGCCUGCGUUUCAACGUUUCCGGGGUGCAUCUGAUGUCUGAUGCCGAGGAAGACAUGCUAUUGCCGAAAGCUACCUUCAAUGACUCUUUCACAGGGCCACACGAGUAUGUUUAUUACCCAUCGUCGCCUGGAUAUCUUCCACGGGGUAGGGACUUCCUGAAAAGCAAUGAAGGAGCCCGGCAGGCUGACAUUGUCGUGAUAUUUACUGGACAUCGUACCAUAGGAGUUAGAGCUGAAAACUAUUUACAAGACACUACAAUGUGUACCGACUCGAAGUUCGUCUUGGUUCAAGAUCUGCCAUUUGCUCAUUCGGGACGUUGGCAGAUGCUACAUAACCUGAUGGAUAUAAUGGGUGGCUUCGCCAGAAACGGUCAUCUGGCAGAGGUGCACCUCACUUGCCGGCAAAUGCAACAUUUCUACAGGAAAGUCCUUACUGGCGAGAAUGGGCAUACCUGCCACACAACAAAUGCUGUUGCAUCCGUGCCUUCCUAUGCUCCCUUCUACAAGUUCAACCCAACACAAUUCUGCAGAGCGCUUGCUGAUGUCGGCGAGGAAUUCUAUGAGGGUGAGGUUAUAUACAACAAGUGUCGUAUCUUGUGUAGAGAGAAGACGGGUAAAGACAAGGAGAUGGAAGCUCCAGGAGGCUUCCCAAGCAGAGGUUACGAUGCAUUCACGGAAGGAUUCCAAAGAUUCGAGGUUUGUAAGGGCGGCUCCUGUAUUGACGAGGACGUAACGGUAUGCGGAAGAGAGGUCACUACAUCAUGUUCACUGACCUACGGCCAGCUCGCCAAGCAUUACCUGGUCGCCUGGGGUGUGUUCGACGAGUACCCCUCUUACAUUGAGCAUAUUUGUGAUGCUCAACAAUGAUUACACAAUUUUGUACAACAAAGAUCGUAGCCAAUAAAAAACCUCUAGAUUGGACGUCAUUA